GUCAGAGCCAGGAGAAAGAAGUGAUUGAGUAGGGAUCUGAACACAGAUGAGGUUACUGCAGCAUUAAACAGAUGCCAUACAACAUAGAGAGACGUUAUACUGUUAAAAAUGCAGAGCACUCCGAAUUACCUGUGGGAGCUGGAAAACCUUUUAGGUCAAGGAGCCACUGCCAGUGUGUACAAAGCACGGAACAAGAAAACUGGGGAAGAGGUAGCAGUGAAGGUGUUUAACAACCUCAGUUGCGAAAGACCACAUGAGGUGCAGAUGAGAAAGUUUGAAAUGUUGCGAAAACUCAACCAUGUCAACAUUGUCAAGCUGUUUGCUGUUGAAGAAAUUGGCAGCACCAAGCAGAAAGUGCUGGUUAUGGAAUACUGUUCAAGUGGGAGUCUGCUCUCUGUCUUGGAAGAGCCAGAAAACGCCUUUGGAUUGUCAGAAUCAGAGUUCCUAAUUGUGAUGCAAUGUGUUGUUGCUGGAAUGAACCACCUACGGCAAAAUGGGGUAGUGCACCGGGACAUCAAACCAGGGAACAUUAUGCGUUUAAUAGGAGAAGAUGGACAUAGCAUUUACAAGCUGACAGAUUUUGGUGCUGCCCGAGAACUGGAUGAUGAUGAGAAGUUCCAGUCUAUAUAUGGGACAGAGGAGUACCUGCACCCAGAUAUGUACGAGAGAGCAGUGUUAAGGAAACCACAGCAAAAGAGUUAUGGUGUGACAGUUGACCUGUGGAGUAUUGGUGUGACCUUUUACCAUGCAGCUACUGGCAACCUCCCAUUCAUCCCAUUUGGUGGACCUAGGAAGAACAAGGUGACAAUGCAUAAAAUAACUACAGAGAAGCCACCAGGUACCAUUGCAGGGGUGCAGAGGAAGGAGAAUGGAGCUAUUGAGUGGAUUUAUGAACUACCAGUUAACUGCCAGCUGUCUGUUGCACUAAAGACGCAUGUGGAAUCUAUUCUUCCCAAUAUCCUUGAAGCUGACCAAGAGAAAUGCUGGGGCUUUGAUAAGUUCUUUUCAGAGACAAACAAAAUACUCGAAAGGAUGGCAAUCCAUGUUUUUUCCCUGCCACAAGCCAACAUGCAUAAGAUCUAUGUACACCCAUGUGACACUGUGGCUAAAUUCAUGGAAAUUGUGUCCAUAUACACCCUCGUGCCUCCAGAAAGGCAGAGGUAUUUAUAUGAGGGCCACCACUUCCCCAUAAACCCCGCCAUGGAGGUCUGCAGUUUGUCUACAACUACAGAGCAAAAUCCUUUUAUCCUAAUUGGCAGUGAAAUUCAGGAACCCAAAUCUGUCAUCUACAAAGAUCCUGCCACUGAUUAUCCCAGGUUUCUGCCAUCUGUGAAUGUCGUCGGGGACUACACAAUUGCAAAGAAUGUCCUGGCUGCUGUUUACCAGACAAUACGAGUGUCAAAGUCGCUUUUAAGAUGCCAAGAGUUUAUACCCCGUGGGACAUACUGGCUAAUUCAAAGCAUGAAAACAGAAUACAGACGGAUUGCAGACAAGAAAGGAGCUCUGGUACCCAUACUAAACUGCAUGGCCAACAUAGAGAAUAGGACCCAACGCCUAUGCAAGAAGGGAAAUUCUGAAGCCACAGAGAUGUAUGACCAAGGGGAGAGUCAUUGGAAGUUGCACUCUAUGGGUAAUAUCCUGUCCAGAUUCUCCCAGUGUUUGGAUAAAGAGAAUAUGCUUGGGCGGAUAUUGCUAGAUGUUCUGAAGGAGCAGGAUCAGUUUCGGAUGGGCACAAGUAUCAAUAGGAUGGAAAAUUGUCUGCAGAAAAUGCAACUGAUAUUCAGACAGUUCAAGAAAAGGAGGCAGCAGCCACGGCUUGGAUACAAUGAAGAGCAAAUUCACAAACUGGACAAGGUUAACCUAGGAAAUCUGGCCAAAAAAGUUCUAUCUAUUUUUCAAGAUGAGGUUGCACUGAUGUAUCAGACAGCAUUGUCAGAACAUGCAGCCAAAAUGAGGGCAAUUAACGAGAUUCAGAACCACUUAGGCCUUAUAAAUGGAUACCUGAUAGAGUGCUUUCGGGAACUUCGAAGUUACGAGGAAUCUGUAAAUAAGGCUAUGGAUAGAUUGUCUGAAAGAAUGCUGCAAGUAUAUCCAGUGCACUCAAACCAUAGUCCACAAGCCUCUUACCCUAAUGACACCCAAGAUGAUCUUACACUUAGAAUUUUACAACUCAGGGACGAAAUGAAAGCUGUGACAUACGAGUUGGAGCAAAACAACAGUAUUAUAGAUAGAUUAAGUGUAUCAUCAUCAUCUCCUGGUCUAUGAAUAUUGGAUCAUGUUUUAAAUGUUUAUUUUUAAGCCAGGAAAUUGUUCAUCAAUCAAUUUUAAGAACUGAUAUUUUAUUUUUUUAUGACACUGCCCAGCCAUUUUUAUACAUCUCAUUGCAAAUAA